GGAGAAGAAAAUCAUCGAUCGAAAAGACGCUUUCCAUGCAAUGAUGUUGUGGUUGACUGGAAUCAACAAUUAUCCAUCAUCUUGUUCGAUAAUACGUCUAUUGUAUAGAAAAUGUAGUACAAAGAAUAAUAACUGUGCUCAACAAGGGGAUAUUAUGAAAUUGUUGAACAAACCUCUCAAACUGUUAUUCUCCAAAAUACACCCAGACCGCUUUGCACAACAACCAGAAAUAGCUUCCAAGAACCAAAAGUCACUACAGAACUUGAACGUAAUGGUGGAUAUGCUUUCCCAUAUAAAAGAACAAAAAGAAAUAACGACAAAGUCGACGACUUUUCCUUCUUCACUGGAAAGCAUACAAUUGGAGUUUUAUAUACCAGCAGAAAAGAGUCAAUACCAAGAAAAGGAAAACACAACGACAAAGAAACAAGUAGAAAGAGAGGAAACUCAAGUUGAGCUGAUUUCCGUUCCCAUCGUGUAUGACCCUACAGAAAGAGAGUGGUUACACUUGUUGGGGUCAUUGAUCCAUUUGUUUCGUUCUUGUAAUAUAGCAACUCCCGAACAACUCUUAAGAAUGACAAGAGAUAGACCGAUGGCUGUACGAAAGGAUGAAGAGAAUAGUAGAGAUAUGUCGUUGGGUCAACUGCUCAAAAGGGAUGUUGUUGGUAAAGCAUAUGAACUGAGGAUCAGAAAUAAGAGACACUCUGCAGAUGCAAUGUUACAUGAUCAAGUUGCCUAUGAAUGUAAAGUUAGGACUGCUUCCCUAAAUAGAGCGCAUGCUAUCAAAGUGGAGAUAAGGAAGGAUGUUUCACCUUCCAUGGCAGUACAAGGAUUGAAGAGGUUAGCAGACUGCAUCGAACAAGUGAUUGUGGCAUAUGGAAUUUCUAUUCGUGGUGGAGUGAUUCAAUUGGAUGGUGGUGCAAAAGUAGAACAAGAUAGUUGUGGAAUUCUUCACUUGGGAAUGUGUGCUCGAGUUUCAUGUUGGCAAGAAGCAUUGAUGAGUAAGACAUUUCUUUCAAGUUGUUGGCAAAGAAAUCAAUUGCAAGAGAAGUUUUUAGAAAUGGAAAAUCAAUUGGCAAAUGCUUUGGGUGUUCGCUUGGUAUGUGGAGAUUCUUUGGUGGAAAGAGCACCUCAGGAAUACUUGAAAAUAUUAUCGAAUCAUAUUCAGUCAAUGAGACAAGAUAACAUAGUUCUUCCCAGUUUAAAUGAAACAAGCUCUCGUCUAUUGAAAGAAUAUGUCUCAAUCAUGUUUCGAAUAGAAAUCCAAUUCUUUCAAGAAGAAGCAGAAUGGGGUAUUUUAUCAGUUCCAAAAGAUGCCACAUUAAAGGAGAUUCUCUUUUAUCUUCAAGAGAGAGCGAGUCCAUUUGCACAAACUGCCCGAAAGAAACAAAGAGAAAGAACACAAAUAGAAGCUGUUAGAAAGUCUCUUCGUUUAGAACGACUGAAGAGAGAUGAUCAAGUUGUAAGUGUUUCGGAGUUUAGAAAGUGUUGUGACCGUUUGGCUUCAUACUCUUCCGUAUUGAAGCCUAUCUUACAAGGCUUAUCUGUAGUAGUAAGUGAUCACUUUAAAGUGGCAGAUAAUGGAGAAAUCUAUGUUCCUUACUAUUUUGAAUGGAAAGAAAGGAAUAAUAUUCGAAAGUUGAGUGUUCGACAAAUCUAUUCUCCAGUUGCCUUUGAUUCUUUGCAAAGACCUGUGAGAGGUGGACUAUAUGAUCCUGCUUUAGGAGUGUUGGACCGGUCGGUAACGAAACUUUGUGCUACUUGUCAUUUAGGAUAUGCAGAUUGUCCAGGACAUUUUGGACAUAUAGAAUUGGCCUUACCAGUAGUUCACCCUGUUUUAUUUCCUUUGCUUAUAAAGGUGUUGCGUGCCAAAUGUUGGUAUUGCCAUCACUUUCGACUAGGAACGAGAACAAAGAAACUGUUCAUAGCUAAACUCCGUUUUCUAUUUUGUAAUGAGUGGGAAAAAGCAGAAGAGGUGGAUGAGAUUAUGGGAAUGUUGAGUAGUGCAGACGAUCAAAAGAAGCAACAUGAUAGGCUUUCAGAAGAAGGAGAGCAACAAAAUGAAGAAACAUUGAUGAAUGACACGAACUUAGAAGUGGAAGUUGCUUCAGGACUAUCUUCAUCUUUUUCUAGUAUGGAGUCGCGAAUAGAAAGUCAAAUAAAGGCAAGAGAGGAACAACUUUGUGAAGAAGCUUAUGCAGUUUGGAAAAGUUUUAUGAAGAAGCAUUCAACAAGGAAAGCCAUACAGAGUUAUUCUUCAAACUGUGCUUUAUUGCGGAAAAGAACUACGGAGGAGUUUUUGGCAAGCAAUGAAAGUUUAGGAAAAUGUCAAAAUUGUGGUCACUCUUCCGUAGUUAUUCGAAGAGAAGAAUCCAAAGUAUUUCGUAUUCUAAAAAAGUCUCAGGAAUCAGAACAGGUAGAUAUACUUGUGAGUCAGUCGAGAAAAGAAGAGACAAGUCAUAUCGAGAGAGACUCUUCUUACCAGGAAACUCAUAGUGUUAAUAAGAAACUCAUUUCAACUAUCGAAUUGGAACAACAAUUAAGUCGCUUAUAUCAAAUAGAGAUGGAAUGUAUUCAAGUCUUAUGGGAAAUGGAUGCCAUCAACCAAACAAAUGACUCUGAACAACAACAAAAUAAUAAUAAUGAAACUGUGGAUUCUGUAUUCUUUAUCCGUUGUCUGGCUGUUUCUCCUUGUCGAUUUCGACCUCCUGCUACAUUUUCUGAAGGCGAGCAGCUAUUAGUUAUGGAACAUCCUCAGAAUGUUUUCCUUACUCGUAUUCUCCAAAUCAAUCAACAACUCAUUCAAUUGAAAGAACAACAAGAGUCUUCUUCCAUUCUAUCUCCUAUUCAACAAAUGAUUGCUCUCCAACAUGCAGUUAAUCAGUUGUACGACUGUUCAAGAGGAGGUGUAGGAGCCAAUGCUGGUACGACUACCGGAACUGGAAUUCGUCAACAAUUAGAACACAAAGAAGGCCUUUUUCGUAUGUAUAUGAUGGGAAAGAGAGUCAAUCAUUCUGCACGUUCAGUCAUAUCUCCGGAUCCUUUUCUAGAAACUUGUGAAGUAGGAGUUCCUGAAUCUUUUGCAAUGAAACUUACCUUUCCUGAACCUAUCAAUUUUUAUAACAUUGAAUAUUUGAGAAAAGCAAUCAUUCGUGGAUCUACGGAAUAUCCUGGAGCUACAGGUAUCGAAGAUAGAAUGGGAAAUGUAAUCGAUUUUCUUAGAGCUCCUGAACAUCAACGAAAAGCACAAGCAAUGUCUUUGAAAAGUUCCCAUCCAAUGAAUUUGGAUAUGAUAGAUCGUUCAGCAGCAGAUGCUUCUGCAAGUAUUCAUAAAGCAAUGAACCAUAAUGCUAUCAUUCGAGUUUAUCGACAUAUGAAAAACGGAGAUUUGGUCUUAUUCAAUCGACAGCCUUCGUUGCAUCGAGUUUCUAUUUUGGCCCAUAAAGUUCGCAUAUUACCUGGAGAAAGAACGAUACGCAUGCACUAUGCCAACUGUCAGUCUUAUAACGCUGAUUUUGAUGGUGACGAAAUGAACUUACACUUUCCACAAGAUUAUGUGGCUCAAUCUGAGGCUUUCAACUUGCUAUUGACUGAUAGACAUUAUAUUUCUCCUACCAAUGGAAAUCCUCUUCGUGGCCUUAUUCAAGACCAUAUUUUGGGAGGAGUUUUGUUGACGAGUAUCGAUACUUUUCUACGUUUGGAUGAAUUUCAACAACUUUUAUAUGGCGCUAUUGAAAGAACAAUGGAAAGUGUGGAUAACAAAACAGUUGCUAUCCCAACUCCAGCCAUUGUUUUCCCGGUUCCAUUAUGGACUGGAAAGCAAGUAAUAUCCACCAUUUUAUUGUUUUUGAUUGGUUCUCGUCCUCCUUUUUAUUUACAGUCAAACAACAAGUUGAAAUGGGAAAUGGUUGGCGAUGAUGACCAAGUAAUCGUUCAUCGCGGUCACUUAUUACGAGGAGUGUUAGAUAAGAGUCAAUUUGGUGCAAGUGCUCAUGGUUUGGUGCAUUCAUUUUACGAGAUAUAUGGAGCAAUAGAUGCCGGUCGUUUAUUAAGUGCUCUCGGUAGAUUAUUUACGUUGUUCUUAAGAAUCCAUGGACAUACCACUGGAGUGGAUGACUUGUUACUUACUACAAUUGCGGAGAUGAAGAGAAAGGAAUGGCAACAAUAUUGUGAAAUGUCAUUUGUAUUUUUGGCUACCGAACAAUGGAUAGAAAAAUUGAUGGAACGAGGUUUAUUGAGUGAAGAGUCGUUAUCUAUUCUGUUAGGUACUGGUGAUUGGAAAAGCAAGCUGAAAGGUAGUGAACUCAAUUAUUCGCAACUUUUGUUAUUAUAUGGACGUAUUUUGGGUAACAUGGAGUCGGAUGUUACGUCUCGAGCAGAAAUGGAGUCUCUAUUAGAUGAAAUUGUAAAGAAGCAAGUGAGCAAAGUGACUUCAGAAGUCAUCAAGUCUUGUAUUUCGGAUCGUGAAGGAGUUGUUAAGAAAUUCCCUCAUAAUGGAUUCCUAUUGAUGACAAGUAGUGGAGCCAAGGGCUCUUUGGUCAACACUGCACAGAUAUCUUGUCAGUUGGGACAAACAGAGUUGGAAGGAAAACGAGUACCUCGUUCCUUAAGUGGGGCUACUUUACCUUGUUAUCCAUCUUUUGAUCCUUGUCCACAAUCUGGAGGAUUUAUUGCUAGUCGAUUCCUUACCGGUAUUCGACCAGAUGAAUAUUUCUAUCAUUGCAUGGCUGGACGUGAUGGUUUGGUGGACACAGCAGUGAAGACUGCUCGCUCAGGAUAUUUACAACGAUGUUUGGUGAAAGGUUUGGAAGACUUAUAUGUAGGUUAUGAUUAUACGGUGAGACAAAGUGAAAAUCAAGCUGUGAUUCAAUUCUUAUAUGGUGAAGAUGGUUUGGAUCCUUGUCGAACAGCUUGGUUAUCGAAACCUUCUUGCUUCCAGUGGCAUGCUUGGAACAUUGAAGCUCUUCAAUCAACUUUAUAUUCCCAACAUCGUUCAUAUCAAACGGUUGACUAUGCCUUAUCUCCCAAGUUUCAACAUUCCUUGCAUCAAUUUAUGAAAGAAUGUGGUGAAUCGUUGCCACAGAAUAGAACAAAGGAACAGUUCCAAUCCUUUAUGGAAAGCAGGUACAGAAAUGCAUUCAUUUCACCUGGUGAAGCAGUUGGAGUCAUCGCAGCUCAAGGAGUCGGUGAACCUUCCACACAAAUGACUUUGAAUACUUUUCAUUUUGCAGGAAUGGGUGCGGCUCAUGUCACUCUAGGAAUCCCAAGACUACGUGAACUGUUGAUGACUGCAAGUAAACAACCAAAAACACCACUUAUGACUAUCCCUUUUCUCUCAUCGACGGAUAAAAAAGGAAUCCAGUUGUUGCAUAAUCGUUUUCAUCGAUUGGUAUUGAAAGACUUUUUAGAAGGGAUAAGUAUAGAAGAUAAAGGCAAUAGAGCACAAGGCAGAUUGGUGAUGAUUGAGUUGCAUUUGGUACCGCCUCAUUAUUAUGCCACUCAUUUGGGAAUAUCAGCGAAGGAACUAUUUCAUACCAUAGAGACACAUUUUUUGGCAAUGCUUCAUGCGAGAAUCCAGAAAGAAUGUAAACAAGUUUCGGAAACUAAGAAAGCCAUUAUGCCAUUGCAGAGCUUAUCGAUGCAUUGGGAUAGUGAUGGAAUGGAAUUAGACAAACCGUCGUUACAAGAGGAAAGAGACAUAGAGAAGGAAGGGAACAAAAAGAAAGGCAAAUUUUCUAUGAAUACGUCAGCAGAAAUGGAAGAAGUAAAUGGAGAUGAUAAGGACGAAGAAGAAGAGGAAGAUCUUUCAUGGAAUGAAGAAGACGGAACUAUCGGUGAGAAAAGAGAUAGACAACAGAGAGAUGUAACUUCCUAUGAAGAAGAAGAAGAAGAAGAAGAACAAGAAGAAGAAGAAGAAAAAGAAGAAGAAGAAGAAGAAUACUCCCGGUCGGAUAUUCGGAAAGUCAAUCAAUCUUCUACACAGGAACCCAUAAAUUUCGAAGAGAAAAAGAAAAUAACAUUUGAUCGCGAACAGUAUCGUAGGGCGAAGAUUCCUUUGAUGAUUCCCUUCACAAGUUGGGGUCGUCUCAUGUUGUUUGAAUUGGUUGAAUCAGUUGCACAACAGGCGUGUGUUCAAAAUAUUCCUGGAAUCCAACGUUGUUCUUUGAUAACUCCCUCGGAAGACUCCCAAGACUGGAAACUUGAGGUUCAAGGCUCCAACCUUGCAGCUAUCUGGGAAUAUGGUUAUGACUACUUGGAUUUGAAUCAUAUUCAAACCAAUGAUGUGUAUGCUAUGUUAAUGCAUUACGGAGUAGAAAGUGCUCGAGAAACAUUAAGAAUAGAACUAGCCAAGGUAUUCGGAGCUUAUGGCAUUCCAGUCGAUUCACGUCAUUUAGCGCUGAUUUCCGACGUCAUGACCUGCCAAGGAGACUAUCAGCCUUUUAAUCGUCGAGGAAUGGAAAAGCGAUGUUGUAGCACUAUUCAAAAGGCAAGCUUUGAGACAACCAUGAAGUUUAUAUUAGAUGCAGCGUUUCAUCAACAAACGGAUAAUAUUCAUUCGCCAAGUUCUCGUUUGGCAGUAGGAAGAACAGUAGGUUAUGGCACAGGAGAAGGAAUUUUUACCUUGAGACAACGUUUGCCAGUUGCCUGAGUGUAUUCUAUUUCUAAAUAAAUUCCCAUAAUAACAU